UCUCCACCUGCCCGCUCGAGCUCAGCGCCGCGAGGGGCCGCCGGGCUAGGGGGCGCCUGGGCUGAGCCCCGGUGAGCCCGCCGGGCGGGCCAUGGGCGACCGCGAGCGCAACAAGAAGCGGCUGCUGGAGCUGCUGCAGGCGGCGGGCACCGGCAACGCGCACUGCGCCGACUGCGGGGCGGCGGAUCCUGACUGGGCCUCCUACAAGCUUGGCAUUUUCAUCUGUCUGAACUGCUCCGGUGUGCACCGCAACUUCCCAGACAUCAGCAAAAUUAAAUCCGUGAGACUUGACUUCUGGGACGACAGUACUGUGGAGUUUAUGACCCACAAUGGAAACCUCCGUGGGAAGGCCAAGUACGAAGCCAGAGUCCCUGCUUUCUACUAUGUCCCCCAGGCCAACGACUGCCUGGUGUUAAAGGAACAGUGGAUUCGAGCUAAGUAUGAAAGACAGGAAUUUAUGGCCGAUGGGAAAUCCAUCUCACCCCCAGGUACCCGAGAAGGGUUCCUGUGGAAGCGAGGAAGGGACAAUGCCCAGUUCCUGAGAAGAAAGUUUGUCCUCCUGUCAAAAGAAGGCCUCCUGAAGUACUACACUAAAGAGGAGGGUAAAGGCCCCAAAGCUGUCAUCAGCAUCAAGGAUUUGAAUGCCACCUUUGAGACAGAGAAGAUAGGGAACCCCCAUGGGCUGCAGAUCACCUACAGGAGAGAGGGCCACAUCAGGAACCUGUUCGUGUACCACGAGAGUGGGAAGGAGAUAGUGGACUGGUUCAAUGCCCUCCGUGCUGCCCGUCUGCAAUACCUAAAAACAGCCUUUCCUGAGUUCCCGGAGUCUGAGGAGCAGUCUGCCUUCUGUGGCCAAGGUAAUGGUGAUCCUGAGAACUUCAUUAUGGUCAUCCUCAGACUUGUGGGGCACCCAUCUACAUCUCUCAGCUCGUGCCCCUCAUCACCAGGAAGUACCUCAAACAAGGCUUCAUGGAAAAGACUGGUCCAAAGCAGAGAGAACCUUUCAAAAAAAGGUGGUUUGCCCUGGAUCCCCAGGAGCGGAGGCUGCUCUAUUACAAGAACCCACUGGAUGCCUUUGAACAGGGCCAGGUUUUUCUUGGGAGCAACGAGCAGGGGUACGGAGUCUACGAGGACCUGCCCAAGGGUAUCCGAGGGAACCGCUGGAAAGCCGGCCUCACGAUUGUCACCCCUGAGCGGAGAUUCAUCUUCACCUGCCCCAGCGAGAAGGAGCAGCGGGAAUGGCUGGAGAGUUUUCAGGAUGUCCUCUCCCGCCCCUUGACGCCCCUCAACCUCCUCACCGCAUCAUCGGAGACUGGCCACAGCAGCAGGUGACCGCCCGGCUGAGGAGCUGGCCACUGGUCACGUGGAGCUCGUGGUAGGAAGGGCAAGUUCUCACCUCGGCCUUGGUUGUCCCGCAGCAGUGCCCCGCCGUCAGCAGCCAUGGCUGGCCAUGACUUCUGCCAAGACUGAAGCUUUGGCCUUUCCCUGCUGGCUCCCUGGGCCUUCCCACUGUCCAGCCCCGGCGGAGGGGGGGCGGGGAGGUCUUGGGGAUCUAGCCCAUGACCUCAAGGCCCCGGACCUCUGAAUUGAAGACACUCCAACAAAGAGCCACCCACUGUGUCAUGCGAGUGGCAUGUUUGCUCAAAGAGAAAAAAAGUUGAUUCUGGAUCUAACCAUGAGGAAGUAAUCAGACAAAUCCACGUGAGGGAAAUUCUAUGAAAUGGCUGGACUGGACUCUUCAAAAGUGUCAGUAUCAUGAAAGAUAAAGUAGUGAGGAAACUGUUCAACAUUAAAGAAGGCGAAGGAGGCAACAAAAUGCAGUUCAUGAUUCUUGACUGGAUCCUGGAUUUUUAUGCUUUUUUUUUAAGAUUUUAAUUUUUAAGUAAUCUCUAUACCCAAUGUGGGGCUCAAACUCACGACCCUGAGAUCAAGAGUCACACGCUUCACUGACUGAGCCAGCCAGGCUCCCCCCUGGAUCCUGGAUUUUUUAAAAAGCAGUUAUAAAGGACAUAAUUGACAUACCUGGGGAAGUUUGAAUAUGGAUGUAUAUUAGCUAAUCAUGUUGUGAGACUGAUAACUAUGUUGUAUUUGUGUAGAAGAUUGCUCAUUGUUCUUGGUGGGUACAUGCUAAAGUGUUCAGGGGUAAAGUGUAAUAAUUUUUAGUCUACAGCUGACUCUUAAAUGGGUCAACAAAGAAAAAGUGUAUGUGUACAUGUAUAUAGUGUGUGUGUGUGUGUGUGUGUGUGUAUAGAAGACAGGAAGUGUGUAUACACACACACACACAGGGAGAGAGAGAGAAAAAGCGAGCCACUAGCAAAAUGUUAGCGACCGAAGAAUCUAGACGAAGUAUAGAUGGGUCUUUGUUGUCCUAUUGGUGCAAAUUUUCUAAAGAUUCAAAAGUGUUCAAAUUAAACACUUGGAAGCUGGAGGAAAUUUUUAAAGAAACACCCACUCCCACUCUUCAAAAGCAGUGUGUUCUCUACAUGAAUCAAAACAGUUCUUGGGAAAGUCUCGUCUUUGUGCACAUUUUAGAAGUGAAAACCCAGAGAAUACCAAAAAAAAAAAAAAAAAAAAAACC